AUGGUAGGCGUUCGCCAUGCGGACCAGUUACUCCAGUGCAUCCGUUGGAUAUCGUGCCCUGAUGAUCCGGUCAAAUCGCACAAGUUCACCACAGUCACCUAUGAAACGUUUCUGCAACGCUUAGGAAGCGAAGGCGAAACUACACAUCCUAUAGCCGCAAAUAUUGUCAAGAAUGACUUUUACUUCGCUGUCUUAUUAACGGGAACAGAUAAACAAGACGAAGGCAAGGCUCUCGUAGCUGAUUUAAUAGAUCUGACAAACUCAGCCGGUUUAAUCUUGCGAAAAUGGAGCUCCAGUAGCAACGAGUUAUUUUCUGUCAUUCCUAUUGGGCUUCGGGAUGAGCGGACUUCUUUCAAACUGGACUCGUCAACUUCUGCAGUAAAAACGCUUGGUUUGAUUUGGGAGCCAGCAGCCGACAUCUUCCGAUUCACCAUACCAAACCUAGGAUCAGAGACAAGUAUUACCAAGAGAAUCGUAUUGUCGGAGCUAGCAAAGAUUUUCUUCCCACUCGGGUUGAUUGGUCCGGUAGUUGUACAAGCCAAAAUUUUCCUGCAAACUUUAUGGAAGCAGAAAUGUGACUGGGACGAUUUGCUACCGGAGGAGCUACAGGGGAUCUGGGCCGAAUUUCGAAGGAAUCUCAUGGCAUUGGAUACUCUCACCGUACCCCGUUGGGUGUCAUUCUCCAACGAUCUUGCCACGGUAGAGUUGCAUGGGUUCUGUGACGCAUCAAAUGCCGCUUAUGGUGCCUGUCUCUAUCUUCGAUGUAUCACUAGCGAUGACUCGACAAUCGUCAAGUAUUGGCUGGCUUCUCCACCAUCUCGCUGGCAAAUCUUCGUUGCAAAUCGUGUUUCGGAGAUCCAGCACAUUACUAGCAGCGGCUUAAAAUACGAAACGUUGUGGUUUGAAGGCCCACUCUGGUUGCGGCAGGAUCGUGCAACGUGGCCCAGCUGUACAGUCCCUCUACCAGACAUCGAACAAACCCUUUUAGAAGAAAGAUCAACUGUUGCGCUGCCAGCUCGAGCGAAAUUGCCAAGCGAAUUAUUCGCUCUUCGAUCUUCGUUCACUGAUCUCGUUAGAUUAGUUGCAUACAUCCGUCGAUUCGUUCACAACUGUUCACCAAACAACCUCGCCAGCAAACGUUCAGGGACAAUCAAGCUGCAGGAGCUGAACGAAACGACUGAAGUAUUAGUUCGCCUAGCCCAGGGGGAUAGCUUUCCCGAAGAAGUAGCAGCCUUGUCUCGCAGUCGAGAAGUAAAAACUUCGUCCAAGAUUCAUGCGCUCAAUCCUAUUAUGGUUGGGAAACCGAUUCGAGUUGGCGGCCGGCUUGCUCAUGCAUCUAUCCCGGAGAGUCGCAAACAUCCGAUGAUUUUACAUCAUCGUCAUCCGUUUACCAAAUUAGUCGUGGAACACUACCACCGUAAACUUUUCCACGCUGGUCAGAAGCUACUGGUAGCUUCGGUAAGAGAAAAAUUCUGGCCCACAAACGCACGCGAUGUGGCUCGCACUGUCUGCCACAAGUUUGUAAAAUGCUUCCGGAACAAGCCAACUGUACACGAGCAACUGAUGGCCGAUCUCCCGUCCGUUCGAGUCAACCCUGCAGCCGUUUUUCUGAAGGUUGAUGUAGAUCUGUGUAGUCCAUUCUACAUCAAAUAUCCAAUUCGUCGCAGCACACCAGUGAAAUGUUUCGUGGCGAUAUUUGUAUGUCUGGCAACGAAAGCCGUUCACAUGGAGGUUGUAGGGGAUUUCUCGAUGUAA